AUGGCUCACAACGGCGACAUCCCCGACGAGGAGCUGCAGGCGCGCAACCCUCACGCCUCGGCCACCCGGUGGCGCCACCAAGAGUCCUCCGCCUUUGCGCGCCACGCCGUCCAGCAGCAGCAAGCCGGGCACCACCAGAAGCCCCGCGAGCCCGAGAACCGCGGCAACACCUCCGACCUCGCCAACUUUCUCAACUCGUCGCGCGUCUCCCCCGAGGAGACGGUGGCCGCGGCGGCCGGGUCCGGGUCCGGGUCCCGCUCCGGCACCGCCGACGGCGGCGGCAAGCGCUUCACGCCCAUCGUGGUCGGCGCCGCCGAGGCGCGCGAGGCGACGGCCGCCGGCGAGCCCGGCCCCGAGGACGCCGAGAUCGCGCCCGACGCGCGCCCCGACGGCAAGGAGAUCGUGUGCGGCCCGCUCAUCAACUACCGCCGCCAGGAGGGCACCACCUGGGUCGGCAGCGUGCUCGUCGUCACCAAGGGCGGCGGCAAGACGCAGGAGUCUGCGCCGACGCUGCUGCUGCGGUACGCGGGCGAGCGCCAGGCCGGCGGUGCUGCUGCUGCUGCCGCUGCCGUCGAGGGCGCCGGCGCAGCGAACGGGGGCGCGUCGGCAUCGGGCGGCGCGCAGAAGGAGGAGGCCGAGUUCAAGGGCGUGUGCCUGUACUCGGACCCGCGCAACACCUUCUGGCGCUUCAGCAUCAGCUGCGAGAUCCUGCCCACCGAGGGCCGCUGGGAGUACACCCUGCCCGGCCUGCGCUUCCACAGCAGGACCAAGCCCCAGACCAACGCCUUCUACGUGCCCGCCGCCGCCGAGUCGAUGCGCAUCAUGUUCCACUCGUGCAACGGCUUCAGCGUCGGCACCGACGAGGACGCCUACAGCGGCGCCUGCCUGUGGAACGACGUCAACCGGCGCCACGCCGAGGCGCCCUUCCACGUCAUGAUCGGCGGGGGCGACCAGAUCUACAACGACGGCAUCCGCGUCAACGGCCCGCUGCGGCAGUGGACCGACAUCGGCAACCCCAAGAAGAGGAAGGACUACCCCUUCCCCGAGAGCCUGCGCCAGGAGUGUGACGACUAUUAUUUGAAGAAUUACAUUCGCUGGUAUUCCACCGAGCCCUUUGCCACGGCCAACGGCCAGAUCCCGCAAUUGAACAUCUGGGACGACCAUGAUAUCAUCGAUGGGUUUGGCUCAUAUGUCAACGACUUCAUGAAGUGUGAUGUAUUCCGUGGCAUUGGGGGAACGGCGCACAAAUACUACAUGCUUUUCCAGCAUCACUUGCCGCCUCCACCAUCCACAUACACUACCGAUGCCCCUCAGACAACGGGCGCUUCCGUGGGCAACCACGACCCCAACCAGCUAAUGGAUGUCUACGUGGCCGAGGAGAUGACCGAGCCCAACUACAUCGUGGGAAACAAGCCUGGUCCGUAUGUUGCCGAGAAGUCUCACAACAUGUUCGCCAGUCUAGGCGCCAGAAUCGCGUUCUUGGGCAUUGAUGCAAGAACUGAGCGCACGCGCCACCAAAUCAACUACCCCGAGACCUAUGAUCUCAUCUUCAACCGCCUGGACCGGGAGCUCACCGCAGCGCGCGAGAGAGGCCAGCCUUUCAAGCACCUGAUCCUGCUCCUGGGCAUCCCCAUCGCCUACCCCCGCCUCACGUGGCUGGAGAACGUCUUCUCGAGCCCCGUCAUCGGGCCCAUCAAGUUCCUCAACCGGCGCUUCGGCCUCGGCGGCGGCGUCUUCAACCACUUUGACGGCAGCGUCGACCUGCUCGACGACCUCGACGACCACUACACGGCGCGCACGCACAAGAAGGAGCGCAACCACCUGGUCGAGCGCCUGCAGUCGGUCUGCGCGCAGCACUCGGUCCGCACGACCAUCCUGGGCGGCGACGUGCACCUCGCGGCCCUGGGCCGCUUCUACUCGAACCCCAAGCUGCGCGUGCCCACCGAGAAGGACCACCGGUACAUGGUCAACGUCGUCUCGUCGGCCAUCGUCAACAAGCCGCCGCCGCCGGCCAUCGCCAACCUGCUCGCGCGCCGCAACAAGAUCCACCACCUCAACCACGACACCGACGAGACCCUGCUGCGCCUCUUCAACAAGGACCCCGGCGACUCGGACAAGACGGCGGGCCACAACCAGGUCACCAUGCCGUCGCGCAACUUCGCCGUCAUCACCGAGAACUCGCCCAACAACGCGCCCUCGCCCGACAUACGCGGCCAGGACCCCAUCGUCAACGACUUUGCCCCGCCGUUCGCGCCGGCCCUGCAGCAGCAGAAUGGAGGCGGCAGCUCCGGGCCGAGCAGCCUCGCGCCCCCGUCCUCGCGCGGCGGCGCCGACAGCACGCGCUCGGGCCUGUCCUCGCACAGCAAUAAUCCUGCCGCCGACGGCGGGGACAGCGACAACAAGAAGAAGAAGAACCCGCCCGCCAGGCAGCCCUCGUCCACCAAGGUCGACGGGCACUACCCCAUCGGCGCGGGCGAGCAAGGGGCCGGCACGCACCACAAGGCCGCCUCCCCCGCCGCGCACGGCCGCGGCCACGACGGCUCGCUCGACGUGUGCAUCCGCGUCGAGAUCGACCAGCACGACCGCGAGGGCCGCACCGAGGCCUACGGCCUCAGCAUCCCCGCGCUCGAGUACGAGGGCCCCCACGUGCCCAGCCCGGGCACCUUCCGGCCGUCCACGCGGGGGUCCUCGGCGGCGGGGUCCGCGGCCGCGCCGGCCACUGGGGUCGAAGGGGCCGCCGGCGGCGGCAGCAGCAGCAGGCCCGCCACGAGGUCCUAG